AAUCGUGUUUCGUAAUUUCAGACAUUGAUGGCGGUAAGGAUUCGGAGCAGUUGUGAAAAGUUCGUCUCCGUAUUUUCCUGAAAUUUCCGCCUUUCUACCGCAGAAACCGCACCAGACAGCGGCGAUCGCGCGGUGCCAUCCUAUAACAUGGUUAUUCAACAGCUUGUGGACGAGCCUCCCUUGGUGCAGGCCUGUUUCCAUGGCGAUGCAGACGAGGUACGAGCGCUCAUCUACAAGAAGGAAGACAUCAAUUAUCAGGAUGUUGAGCGUCGCAGUCCCAUCCAUGCAGCUGCACACUGUGGGGAGGCCGAGAUCGUUAACCUGCUCAUCUUGAGUGGUGCCCGUGUGAAUACCAAAGACAGCAGGUGGUUGACACCUCUCCACAGGGCAUGUGCUGCCAAGAGUGAGGACACAGUAAGGAUGCUGUUAAAGCACUCGGCUGAUGUGAACGCACGGGACAAAAACUGGCAGACGCCGCUCCAUGUGGCCGCGGCGAAUAACGCCAUUGGCUGUGCCGAGGCGUUGAUUCCUCUCCUUUCAAACGUGAACGUGUCCGACAGGGCUGGAAGAACUGCCCUGCACCACGCAGCGUUUAACGGUCACACAGAUAUGGUGGCGUUACUGAUUUCCAAGGGUGCGAAUGUCAAUGCCUUCGACAAGAAGGAUCGCAGAUCCCUACACUUUGCAACUUACAUGGGUCAUGUGGAGGUGGUCAAAGUGUUGGUGAACCAUGGAGCAGAGCUCAACUGUAAGGAUAAAAAGAUGUACACGCCCCUACAUGCAGCAGCCUCCAGUGGACAGAUCACAGUGGUGAAAAUGCUAUUGGAUCUUGGAGUUGAGUCUGUGUCCAAACUUUCUAGAACAUACGUGGAUAUUGACACGCCCAACUACUACGGUAACACUCCGCUUCACGUGGCCUGCUAUAACGGCCAGGACGUGGUAGUUAACGAGCUGCUAACGUUCGGCACGUCCGUCAACAUCAUGAACCACCGCGGACAGACUCCGCUGCACUUUGCCGCAGCCUCUUCCCAUGGUGCUCUGUGUCUGGAGCUGCUGGUUAACGAGGGAGCUGACUGCAAUGUGCAGGCGAAGGACGGUAGAACACCUCUCCACAUGACAGCUCUCCAUGGCAGGUUCACCAGGGCGCAGACUCUCAUUCAACAUGGUGCUGAGAUUGACUGUGAAGACAAGGAUGGGAACACCCCCCUCCACAUCGCUGCUCGCUACGGACAUGAGCUGCUCAUCACAACUCUCAUUGCUAAUGGGGCCGACCAUACAAGAAGAGGGAUUAAUGGAAUGCUCCCCCUUCACCUGGCAGCGCUCAGCGGAUUCGUGGACUCCUGCCAAAAGCUGAUCUCCUGUGCCACCCCAGAGGAUGAUGGGAAAGUCACCUCCGACCUGACGGGUUUUGAGAUUGAUGCAGUAGAUGACAAUGGCAGGACCUGUCUCCAUGCUGCUGCAUGUGGAGGCUCAUUGUUCCUCUACAGCAACAUCGAGUGUCUGGAUCUACUGAUGAGGAGUGGGGCUGACUUCCACAAGAAGGACCACUAUGGAAGAACUGCACUCCAUUAUGCAGCCAGCCAGACUAACUACCAGUGUGUGUUGGCCCUGGUGGCCGCUGGGUCGGAUGUGAACCUCAGGGACUCCAGGGGGUGCACCCCCCUGCACUACGCAGCUGCUACUGAUGCCGACGGAAAAUGUGUGGAGCACCUGUUACACAACAGAGCUGACCCCACUGUCCAUGACAACAAUGGGUUUGAUGCACUGCACUAUGCAGCAGCCAAUGGACAUAAACUGGUCAUAGACCUGUUGCUUGACUUAGCCAGAGAUGACUUUGUGAAGAGGAGAAAGAAAUCAUCACCAAGGACAACACCACUGCACCUGGCAGCCUACAAUGGUCACCACCAGGCCCUGAUGGUCCUGAUGAACCAUUUUGUGGAUGUGGAUGUUGGUGAUGCGGACGGUCGCACCCCGCUGGACCUCGCCUCCUUCAAGGGCCAUGUGGACUCUGUGGAGGCCUUGAUCCUACAGGGGGCCACCAUCAUCGUCAGGGACAACAAGACUAAGAGGACACCUCUUCAUGCUGCAGCGUAUAACGGCCACACCGAGUGUCUCCGUCUGCUGAUCAAGAACAGUCUGGGACCCCGCUCAGACGUGGUGGACUGUCAGGAUGGGCAGGGCAGGACUCCCCUGAUGAUAGCGGUAGCUAACGGACACACAGACAGCACCCUACUGCUCCUCUCCUAUGCCUCCAACAUCGGAGCCACAGACAUUCACCAGCGCACUGCUCUACACAGAGGGGCAGCCAAUGGGCAUGAGGAAUGUGUGGAUGCACUGUUACAUCAUCAGCCUGAUGUCAACUUCAAGGAUGCCAGAGGAAGAACAGCCCUGCACAUGGCUGCAGCCUGCGGACAUGUAGGCAUGCUGGGAGCUCUGCUGCAGGCUGGACAGUUCUCCAACCCACUGGACAACAAGGGCUUCACGGCUCUACACUGGGCCUGCUAUAAUGGCCAUGACAGCUGUGUGGAGCUGCUGAUGGAACAUGAGGAAACUCAGAAGUUUGAGGGAAACCUUUUCACUCCCCUGCACUGUGCAGUGUACAAUGAUAAUGAGACAUGUGCAGAGCUACUGCUGGAUACGUUAGGUGAUGACAUUGUCAAUGCACAGGACUCCAAGGGAAGAACUCCCAUCCAUGCCGCAGCCUACAACGACCAGGUGGAGUGUUUACAGAUGUUGCUGAGUCAUGGAGGUCAGGUGAACAACUCUGACCAAUCAGGGAGGACUCCCAUCAUGAUGGCUGCUGCAGCUGGCCAAUCAGGAGCUGUUGAGCUAUUACUUGCAACGUCAGGUAUCAAUUUGACCUCACAAGACAAGGACAAGAACACAGCCCUCCAUCUUGCAUGCAAACAUAGCCAUACUACCUGUGCCUUGUUAAUCCUGGAGAAGAUGGACGACCCAGAGGUCAUCAACACUGCAAACACACACCUGAAAAUCCCCCUCCACCUUGCUGCAGCUAACGGCAUGGUGCCUGUAGUACAGGAGCUCAUCAGUAAAGGGGCCAGUGUGCUGGCUGUAGAUGACAAAGGUUACAACCCAGCCCUGUGCUGUGCAGCCAGCGCGCAGGUGGCGGACUGCCUGGCGCUCAUUCUGGCCGCCAUGAUGCCGUUCACGCCCAACAGUACCAUCAACAUGGACACCAACGGCAUGACGGCCACCUCCAGUAUGGGCAGUAUCGGCACCGAGGGAGACAACGUAGACACCAGCGAGAAUCAGAGCUUUGACGAGGCCGGGACAUCCGACUCAGAAACGUAUUGACAAACGUUAACACUUGUACAGUAGCGGAGGACAAGAUAUGAUGUGAUAGUAGCUAAUGCUAGAAGCUUAAAGGUGGUAUCUCACUGCAAAUGUGGCAACGGUGCGGCACUGCGGGGUUCAUUUACUGCGGCACUGUUGUGUUAUUUUUGCUGAUUUUUUAUGAUUAAGAUAUUGUGUAAUAGGGAAAACUAUGACUUAGAAACAACAGAAUACACAAAACGUAACAAAACCCAUUCAUGUCUGAAAUUCGUUGAGUUAUCUUUUGAACCCCGCAGUGCCGCACCGGUGCCCCAAGUGCAAUGAGAUACCACCUUAAGAAGUUCAUAUAAGCUCUCACAACUUGAUUUCAUUGCCUUUUUAUUUUGCCAGGAUGGUUCUAUUGGAAUUUGAGAUUUUCUGAUUUUCAGGAAUUCCAAGGGUCAAAAAUUUGCCAUUUAAGACAUUUGUAUAGGGUAUCCAUAGUCAGAUUAUAGUGGCAUAGUGCAGAAUUUUUGAGGAAAGAUACAUAAUACAUGUACUAAAAGUCAUAAAGUUUGGAAGGUGGUAGAUUCUAUGAUUACAUCAAAUCAAGGCAUAAUAUGUGAAUAUUUAGUCUACGAAUUUUUGUCAGAACUUUGCAGUAUGCUAAGUUGAUAAGGUUUGUUUAAAUUAAUGAAGUGUUUUGUAUGUAAAUUUACAACAGUUGGGUGAAAAUAUCUCUAGCAUUCAAAGGAAUCAAGAGCCCUCCUCUCGGGUUACACAUGACUGAAAUAGAGUGUACAUAAAUGUUGAAAUACAUGUACAGUAAUACAGUAAACUUGUAAGUUGUAGUUGAGAAAACUAUGGUGUAUAGAUACAAGAGAUUCCCACAACAGACAAUGGAAUAUUGAGAUAAACACAGUGGGAUUUCAGACCAAUGGAUGUACUACUAGGUACCAUGUAUAAUGUGUACAGACUGAGGGUUUAGCGUUCUUAAGAAAUGUCCCAUAACAGAAGGUGCUUCCUACCUACAUGUGCCUGUGAAUGUAUGUACAUGUACAUCCAGUAGUUCAGCUUUCUAAUUGUGUGGACUUGAGUGUAGUUUGUGGCAUAUGUUUCUAUAGUAUUGAUAAAGAAACAUGCCUAUAAGAUUUGUUGGGUGGCGAAUGCUGGUGCCAUUUUUAUGUCAUUCUUUUUUUUCUUUUUUGUUUUGUGCAUUUUGUGAUUUUUUUUUCUUCUUUCUUCUGUUUGCCAUUUUGGAUUGAAGAAAAUGUUCUUGCCAUGUAUUAGACAGAAAUAUGGAUAUGACAUAGAAAUCAGUGUAUAAUUGUUUCAUUAUUAAUUCUAACACAGUAAAGAAUGCCUCACCAACUUUAUCUCUGUUGUGUAAGAAUACAGUUGAAUCUUUUACUAGUGGAAUAGAUAAUUUGACUUUGAAGUACAGUAUCUCAGUUUAGCCAACAUGAACUCAACUGUGGUCUUCCUGAAAAUAGUGUAUCUUAUUGUGAUAUAAGAAAACUAUUGUGUGUGUAUGAGUUUCAAAGAUUGACUGGCUCCUUUUUUUACAAUUUGGGUGUAUUUUUUUUGUUUUUGUGGGUACUAAUUAUCAUUAUUGGGAUUAUGAUAUUAUGUAUAUAAUAUUGAUAACUUUGAUUGCACAUUGUGAAUAAGAAUUAUCCAAAAGUGUUUUCUGAAUCUGCAUGUGAGCCAUUUCUUUGCUUGUAAUGUUUGGGUGCAAUGGCUACCUCAUGACAGGUAUUACAGGACACCAUGGGAAUAAAAUUGGAGUGUUCUUACAA